AUAGCCACGUGAUCAGCAAUAUCACUUUUCGUUCUGAAGUGGUAUGCGGAAAACUUGAUAAACACAGUUCUACAGAGAGCUUCCACCGUCCCUUCUGCAGUUAUCGUCCUUGACAGUGGUGUGAAGAGCGGCAAAAUGUCUGGAGAAGCGGUUGUGCUUUCUGGCAAACAAGUUGCCAAAGAAAUCAGAGAGAAGUUAGCAGCGGACGUCCAGGAACUCAAAGAGAAGCACCCACAGUUCAAACCAAUGCUGGCUAUCGUCCAGGUAGGUGGACGGGAAGACUCCAAUGUCUACAUUCGCAUGAAGAGGAAGGCUGCAGAGGAAGUGGGCGUAGAAUCUCAGCACGUCAAAUUCCCAAGAACCAUUACUGAAGAAGAGCUUGUGAAAGGUGUUCAAGCUCUCAAUGACGAUCCAAAUAUUCAUGGCAUUAUAGUGCAGCUUCCUCUUGACUGUGAUGCACCAAUUGAUUCCAACAAGAUAACAAACACUGUGUCACCUGACAAGGACGUUGAUGGCAUCCACGAAGUAAAUGCUGGUCGGCUUGCACAUGGAGAGUUGGAAGGCUUUUUCAUCCCAUGUACACCACGUGGUUGCCUCGAAUUGAUCAAGCGUUCAGGAGUGACGAUUGCUGGUUCCCGGGCCGUGGUCUUGGGUCGUAGUAAAAUUGUAGGAUCACCUGUGUCUGCCCUUCUUCUGUGGAACCAUGCCACUGUGACCACAUGCCAUUCCAAAACCAAGGAUCUUCCAUCAGUGUGUCGGGAAGCUGACAUUCUGGUGGUUGCUAUCGGUCGUCCGCGCAUGGUGAAGGCAGACUGGGUGAAGCCAGGUGCCGUAGUGAUCGACUGCGGCAUCAAUGCCAUACCAGAUUCCACACGUGCGUCCGGCAGCCGGUUGGUGGGAGACGUAGACUUUGACCAAGUCAAAAAGGUGGCGUCAUACAUAACUCCAGUACCAGAGGGUGUUGGCCCCAUGACUGUGGCAAUGCUCAUCAGCAACACGGUGGACUCCGCCAAGCGCUGCCUGCGGGAGAGCUUGGCGACUAUAUCACCGUGGAGGAUGCGGUAUCUGCCGUUGAGACGCCAAACUCCCGUCCCAUCGGAUUUGGAGAUUGCCUCAGCCCAGGUUCCCAAAUGUAUCGACGAACUGGCUUUCGAGAUCGGCUUGACGAGGGAAGAGUACGAGCCCUAUGGCCGAACGAAGGCAAAAGUCUUGCUGAGGACACUGGAACGACCGGGAUCCAAUGGGAAGUACGUUCUCGUCACCGGCAUAACGCCCACACCUUUAGGUGAAGGGAAGAGUACUACGAGUGUUGGUUUGUGCCAGGCACUUGCAGCUCACUUGAACCGCAACACCUUUGCCUGCCUGAGACAACCUUCUCAGGGACCCACUUUCGGCAUCAAGGGUGGCGCUGCAGGCGGUGGGUAUUCGCAGGUGAUCCCUAUGGACGAUUUCAACCUGCAUCUAACUGGAGACAUGCAUGCCAUAUCUGCAGCCAACAACCUACUAGCGGCACAAAUCGACACGCGAAUUUUCCACGAGGCGACGCAGUCGGACGAAGCUCUAUUCACUAGACUCGUGUCUCGUGCUGGAGGACGCAAGGCAUUUUCACCGAGCCAGAUACGAAGACUUGUAAAGCUGGGCAUCGACAAGACGGAUCCAGAUGCACUGACGUCGGAAGAAAAGAAACGUUUCGCGAGACUCGACAUAGACGUCAACACGAUUACGUUUAAUCGAGUGUUGGACACUAGCGAUCGAUUCUUGAGGAAAAUCACGGUGGGGCAAGCCGCCACUGAAAAAGAUAUGUCCAGACAGACGCAGUUUGACAUAACACCAGCCAGUGAGAUUAUGGCAGUUUUGGCUCUUGCCAAAGAUCUGGAGGAUCUCCGUGUCCGUCUCCGCCGCAUCGUCGUGGCCUCUGAUCACCAGGGCAAUCCGGUCACCGCAGAUGACUUGGGAGCUGGCGGAGCGAUGUUGGUCCUCUUGAAAGACGCCAUCUGCCCCACGCUGAUGCAGACACUGGAGGGCACUCCCGUGUUCGUGCACUGUGGACCUUUCGCGAAUAUCGCUCACGGCAACUCUUCCAUCAUCGCGGAUCGCAUGGCCCUGAAACUCGUCGGUCCAGAUGGAUUUGUAGUGACGGAAGCUGGUUUCGGCGCUGACAACGGAAUGGAAAAGUUCUUCAACAUCAAAUGCCGCUACUCUGGGCUAGCACCAAAUGCCGUCGUCAUUGUCUCAACAAUCCGGGCACUCAAGAUGCACGGUGGAGGCCCGACGGUGUCGUUAGGAUCUCCCCUACCUGCGGAGUACACCCGCGAGAACUUGGACUUAGUGCAGAAGGGUUUCUGCAACCUCGCGCGUCACGUCACGAACGCUCGAAAGUUCGGUGUACCGGUGAUCGUAGCCGUGAACGGGUUUGCCACGGACUCGCCGGCCGAACUCGACCUGGUGCGUCGCCUCAGUUUGGAGCACGGCGCAGAAGACGCUGUCGUCUGCAGCCACUGGGCCCUCGGUGGCGAAGGUGCGGUGGAUCUCGCUCGCGCUGUCAUACGAGCUACAGAAGCGCCAUCCAACUUCUCCUUCCUGUACGACCUUUCUCUGGGCAUAGAGAAGAAAAUAGAGACCAUAGCACGUGAGAUCUACGGUGCAUGCAGAGUGGAGCUGACCGCGAAAGCGAGGGAAGAUAUGGAAAGAUAUGAAAAGCAAGGUUUCGGCGAUCUGCCCAUCUGUAUCGCCAAAACUCAGUUGUCGCUUUCUCACGACCCCAAUUUGAAAGGGGCUCCGGAAGGGUUCGUUUUCCCUGUGCGUUCUAUAAGGGGAAGUAUAGGCGCGGGAUUUCUGUACCCACUAGCUGGGGAUAUCAUGACUAUGCCUGGCCUACCAACGCGUCCUGCUCUGUACGAUAUUGAUCUGGACCCGGAGACUGGGAACGUUGUCGGCCUUUUCUGAACAGGUGCAAUAAAUAUUUAAUUUUUACAGGGA